AUGAAUGGACUUCUCUCCGGGGUGCCUCAGAUAUUCAUGGUUGUGUUCAUGCUUGCUGGAGCCUGUGUGUUCGACAUGUUAGUGAAGAGAGGCGUUCUCAGUGUUACCAACACCAGGAAACUGGCCCAGUGUUCAGGAUUCGGAAUACAGGGGCUCUGCACAUUGUCUAUAGGGUUCGUGGAUGAUCAUAUACAAGCCUUCGUUCUGUUUAGCGUUGGUGCAGCGUUUAGCGGAUUCGCUAUUUCAGGUUACCAGACUAAUCCGUUAGAUCUGGCACCACAAUUUGCUGGACCGUUGACGGGGAUAUCCCGAACUGGUAUGCUUGGUUCAGUCAUCAGCACAACCUUGGCGUCCGCUUUGACCGGUCACUCACAUAGCCUGAAAGACUGGCAGUACGUGUUUAUUACCGCUGGAUGUGUUCAUCUGGCAGGCGUCGUGUUCUAUGGGAUAUUUGCUUCAGGAAAUCUGCAGCCGUGGGCAAGUGAGAGUCAAGAAAUUAUUAUAAACUCAACUGACUACCAUGCAACGUCAGACAAAGACGGGGACAGCAACUCCAGCGUUAGCAAAAAGACCGAAGCUGGAUAG